ACGCGUCUGGAUCAGAGCCAAGCCUGUCUGGUGUCAAACCAGCCUGAACAGAUACUCUCAGACAUCUCAUUUCUUCCCUUCAUUCCUGGAACGGCAGCCUGCCCACCCCUUGUGUAAAGCUAUUUGAACCUGAUAGCUCCUCAUGUGCCUGUCCCCUAUAUGAGGAUCUCUCUUCAUCAGGCACCCGGCAGAAACUCAUGGCUUUUACGCGCACAUCGCCCUUCUCUGUCAUUUCAUCAGACUUGAUUGGUCCACCGAUUUCUCCCUUUUCCAUCUCUUUUUAGAUAUUCAUUCCGUCCCUGGAAAUGCUCCGCGCAGAUCCAUAAAGAGCCACAUGCUGGUUAAUAUGAACUUUUUGCCAAGUGGAAUAUGUUUGUAUCUCUCUGUAGCAACCUGCUGGCUGACAGCCAAGGUCGAUGCGUCCUGGUGGUACAUGGGCACCCUCGGCUCCCAGGUGAUGUGCGACAACAUCCCCGGCCUGGUGAACAAACAGCGGCAGCUGUGCCGCCAGCACCCCAGAGUGAUGCAGGCCAUCGGGGCUGGGAUGAAGGACUGGAUCUCUGAAUGCCAGCACCAGUUCCGCAAUCACCGCUGGAACUGCAACACAACAGCCAGGGACCAGAACUUGUUUGGCCGCCUGCUGCUACGCAGCAGCCGAGAAGUUGCCUUUGUGUACGCCAUCUCGUCUGCAGGAGUGGUCUAUACUUUGGCGCGAGCUUGCAGCCAGGGCGAGCUGGACAACUGCUCCUGUGACCCCACUAAGAAGGGGUCGUCGCAGGACUCCAAGGGCUCCUUCGACUGGGGAGGCUGCAGCGAUCAUGUGGAGCAUGCCAUUCACUUCAGUCAAAUCUUUGUGGAUGCCAAGGAGAGGAAGGAGAGGGAUGCCCGAGCACUCAUGAACCUGCACAACAACAGAGCUGGUAGGAAGGCAGUGAAGCGCUUCAUGACUUUGCAGUGUAAGUGUCAUGGCGUCAGUGGCUCCUGCAGUGUCCGUACCUGCUGGCAGGCUAUGGCGGACUUCCGACGCACUGGUGACCACUUGAGGAAGAGAUACAACGGUGCUGUGCAGGUCGCAGUCAAUCAGUAUGGAACCGGGUUUACAGCCACGCACACACACUUCAAACGUCCCAGCAAACAUGACCUGGUCUACCUGGAAGACUCACCUGACUACUGUAUACGGGACCGUCAGUCAGGCUCCAUGGGCACCGGAGGGCGGCUCUGCAGCCGGACGUCCAGCGGCAUGGACAGCUGCGAGGUGAUGUGCUGCGGCCGAGGCUACGACACGGCGCGCGUCAGCCGCACCACUAAGUGCGAGUGCAAGUUCCACUGGUGCUGCGCAGUCCGCUGCCGAGACUGCCAGCAGCUGGUGGACGAGUACACCUGUAAGCCCCAGACAUGACUUACCUAAUGGCUGCUGCUGUGCUGCUCAGCCUCCGGCGGGGACACUCUGAACGGACGUCUUUAACCUGAGCUCUUAAUAUAUUUAUAGCUAGACCCGAGUCACUCUGCUGCUCCACUUCUGUCUAUUCCAAGGGAGACAAGACGGAACCAACUUUAAGAAAGCUUCAUGUUUCUCCUGAACCACAAUCAGACGUGAACUGUUGGUGAGCCCAUGACCAGAAUGAUUGAACUAAAGUGCCUUGUAAAAAAAAAAACUUUUCACAUUUUGUCCCACCACAUACUUCAGUGCAUUUUAUCUGACUGCCCAUGAUUGUGAAGUAGAAGAAAAAUGAUACGCAAUCUGAGAAGUCUGCUGUCCAUUCUUGGGUCUGCACUUUGCACGGCCACCUUUCAUGGUAUUAAGGUCCACUCCGGUGUGUUCCUGGAGUGCUUUGUAUUUAACUCCAUCCAUCAACUCCAACCACAUCGCUGUCCUUGUUGAAGCCCCCCCGCAGCAUGACGCUGCCACUACUGGUAAAAAACUCUGAGCUCUGAUCUGACCAGAGCUCCCUCCUACAGGGUUUGUGUUUCCUGUAGGCCUCUGGGGUUUUCCUCUCACCACUCUUCCAUAAAGGUCAGAUGUCCCACCUGAGCUAUGCAUCUCUGCAGCUCCUCCAGUUACUGUGGUCCAUCUAUAGUCAGCUUGACUUGCUCUUGAUUUGUAAAACCGAGAUGCAUCCCUAAAGACUUCCAUCUGUCACCGCUGCAAAAUGUGUCUCUGAUGGUGUUAACACAGAGGGGCCAAACAUAAUACAUUUCACACUUUCUGGUUCUUGUAUGGUUGUAAUGUGAUAAAAUGUAAAAAAAAUAAAAAAAAAUAAAUAAAUCCUUAUAUUUUGGAGAGGUUCUGUAGAGCUGGUCUGCUGUGUUUCUGUGAAGUCCAGCAGCAAGAAGCGUCUCCUGGGUUUGUCUGGGAAUUUCACCAAAUUCUCUACAGUUAAACAAUAACCUGAGCUUAACUCUUGGAUAUCAGUUCAUAUUUACUUGUUUUUUCACCACCUUGUUAACCUGAAGAUUUGCUCCGUCCAUUACUGCCAGCAAACUGUUGAGAACUGAUUUACCUCCAGAUGAUCAGUACAUGGAGGUGACUUUUUCUCCUCUGGUGCUCCUACUGCUACACCAUCACAUGCCAUGCAUUAGUUCAAUGCUUACUUUCCUCAUCAAUAAAUCAACUACACAUCCCUGAAAUGUC